AAAACUUUUAAUCUUUUCAAAAUCACAUUUAUCUAGGCAUUAUUUUCGAUUAUUAAAUUAAUUUUAUAAUUUGAAAUAAUUUUAAAAAAAUCUUGAACCGCUACCCCACAUAAUGAAGAUAUUUUGCAGUCAAAUUCACACAGACUUGCUAGAGCCGCAGCCUCUCUCCAUAUAUGUCCUUGUGUGCUCAUAAUUAGCUCCAUGGUCUCUCCGUCCGCACCAUUCAGAGGGCUGAAGUUACUCAGCUAGGAGAAGGUCUGCUUAUGCUGCAGAGCAAGUACGGCAGUUGAAGGUGUUGCCACAAAUAUGAUGCAAUUUGGUCCCUCAACUAUAGUCCCGAAUAACAGCGGUGAUGGUUUUCCCCGUAUGACCCCAGCUAUAAUCCCAACUGUAGUGCCAACUACAAUAGUUCGUGAAGUUCUUACUGAAAGCAACUAUAAAAAUUGGAGCACUUGUGUAAAAUGGUAUUUGGUGGGUCAAGAUCUAUGGGAAGUUUGCCGGACGAAAGACAACAUUCCUGAUGAAGCACGAGAUCCAGAAGCAUUUUCGGUUUGGGAAAAGAAGAAUGCCAUGGCUUUACAUGCUAUUCAAAUUUCAUGCAGUGGGGAGAUGCUUUCUCAGAUUAGGAGGGAAACUUGUGCAAGUUACGUGUGGGACUUUUUGCAGAAACGGGCCAAACCAACCUUCUGUUUCGACCCAAGAGUCAGUGGCAUAGUCGAAGGGUCACCUGCUGCCUCAGCCUCAACUGGGAACGUUGACUUCUCUCAGUAUCAGGGCUUAAUCAAGGCAUUGAACCGUGGUAGGUGGAACGAUAUCGAAUCCUUCUUUAACAAAAAUCCGGGUACAGUGAGCGCAAAAAUUUCACCAAAAGGCGAGACCGCGCUUCAUAUCGCAGUUCGUGCUGGACAUGUAAAGGUUGUAGAGGAGUUGGUGAAAAAACUGAGUCCAAAGGACUUAAAACAAGAGAAUAAUGAAGGGCGCACGCCACUUGCUUUGGCUGCAUUGAAUGGAUUUAAAGAAAUAGCGCAGUGCAUGAUUAAAAAGAACACGGAAUUGACUAGUAUUUUAGAUAAGGAAGGAAUCCUCCCAGUUGUGCGUGCUUGUAACCGAGGCAAAAAAGAAGUGACUCGUCUUCUCUACAAUUACACUCCACCAAAGGAGCAAGGUCCAAAAAAAGGCGAAGGCAAAAAUGGUGCAACGCUUCUUGUUUAUUGUAUUGCUACCAAAUUCUUAGAUAUUGCUUUGCAUAUCCUCGAGAAGCACCCAAGUUUGGCUGUUACUUUCAAUAAGGAUGGCGUUUCCCCCCUGUAUGUAUUGGGUCAAAAGCCUUCUUUGUUCAAGAGUGGAAGUCAGCUUUGGUUUUGGCAGCGUUGGAUCUACUCAUGCAUAUCUGUAAACGUAGAUUGUGCCUCAGAUUGGAUUCAAAUAAAUGUUGUUGACGACAUUGCACAAGGACGAGAUGAUAGGAAUAAUACUAAAAAAGGACUAGGUCAAUUAAUGCAUGGGCUGGUUUCAUAUCCACAAAAACUUCCUGGAAUCAAGAACAUACAUGAUCAAAAGUUGAGGCAUGCUCAAGCCAUCAAAAUUCUUGGGAGCAUUUGUAUUGAACUACAAAAUAUGAAAGUUGACGUCCUUGGUUUUCAAGUGCACCAAGCAGUCUUCCAGGCUGUCAAGCGAGGGAAUGUUGAGUUUGUCACUGAGAUGAUUAAAUCUAUUCCUGAGUUAGCGUGGAGCCAUGAUAUUAAUGGAAGAAACAUAUUUUUUAUUGCUAUUUUGAACCGUCAGGAAAAGAUUUUCAACCUUUUACAUGGGCUUACUCACGCACAGAAGAUGAAAGUGAUAUCUCCUUUGGAUAGGUUUAGAAAUAACAUGCUACAUUUGGUUGCGAUGUUAGCACCAUCGGAACAGCUUGAUGGUAUUUCAGGUGCCGCUCUGCAGAUGCAAAGAGAACUACAAUGGUUUAAGGAGGUGGAAAGCAUUGUGCCACCACUAUUCAAGGACCUUACAAACUCAGAUGGAAAAAAGGCCAGUGAGGUGUUCUCUCAGCAGCAUGCAGACUUGGUAAAAGAAGGGGAGAAAUGGAUGAAGGAGAUAGCAACAUCUAGUACAUUUGUAGCUGCUCUCAUUGUUACCAUUAUGUUUGCUGCAGCCUUCACUAUUCCUGCGGGUAACAAUGACAAAGGCGCUCCCAUAUUCUUGGACGAUACCUUCUUCAUAGUUUUUAUAAUAUCAGAUUCAAUCUCACUCUUUUCUGCUACUACUUCAGUGUUGAUGUUCCUGGGAAUCCUGACAUCAGUAUAUGCAGAAAACAAAUUCCUAACACGGUUGCCCACAAAGCUAAUAAUAGGCCUUUCCGCCCUUUUCAUCUCUAUUGCAGCCAUGAUGAUAGCCUUCUGUGCUGCCCUUGCUGUUUUGCUAAAGGAAAGCUCAACCAAAGUGGUUAUGAUCCCGAUUAUUUUACUUGCCUGUGUUCCGGUGACCCUAUUCGCAUUAUUGCAAUUUCCCCUCCUUGUUAAUAUUUUCAUUUCCACAUAUGGGCCAGGCAUCUUCGAUAGGAAUAUACAACGUUGGUACUAGCUAGCUGUGUCCCUUCAAUAUGUUAUAACAUAAUGCAUGUCCUUUAUUAGUCUGUUCAAUAAUAUGUUUUAUUUUAAUACCUA